CCGGGGCCCCGCUCCGCAGCGCAGCGCAUGGAGCCCGGUGGGGACCACCGGAGCCGGAGCAGCGGCGGCAGGGGCGGCCCCGGGCCAGCAGUGGCCUCGGCACGGGGCCGACGGCUGCCGCCCGCCGGAUCGAGCGGCAGCGCGGAGCCGGAAGAAGACGAAGGCGGGCAAGAUCUUCAGCUGGAAGGGGGUGCCUUGGGGUCCUGGGGGAGUGCCCCCCUGCCCUCCUCCAGGGCCAGGGGACCAACAUCUUCAGGCAGGAAAUACUCAGACCACUGUGAGGCCCGGGCUUCAAGGCCUGGAAAAAGCCGCAUCCCUGGCCGUGACCACCGGCGCUACUACCACGACCACUGGCGGCUGGAGUACCUGAUGGACUUCAACCCUGCCCGGCACGGCAUGGUGUGCAUGGUGUGCGGCAGCUCCCUGGCCACCCUCAAGCUCAGCACCAUCAAGCGCCACAUCCGCCAAAAGCACCCCUACUCCUUGCACUGGAGUCCCCGGGAGAAGGAAGUCAUCAGCAACAGCUGGGAUGCACACCUGGGGCUGGGGGCCUGCGGAGAGGCCGAGGGCCUGGGGGUCCAGGGGGCUGAGGAGGAGGAGGAGGAGGAAGAAGAGGACGAGGAGGAGGGGGCUGGUGUCCCCGCUUGCCCGCCCAAGGGCCCAGGCAAAGCCCCAGCUGGUGGGGGCUGCCGGCGCCAGCGGCGAGGGGGCCCAGUGGCACCCCGGGCUCGGCGUCUUCGCCUCUCAGCCUCCCGGAGGGCCGGGGGCAGCAGGGGGCUGGGGGCCCGGCGCCUGGAGAGGAGGCUGAAGGAGUCCCUGCAGAACUGGUUCCGGGCCGAGUGUCUCAUGGACUAUGACCCGCGGGGGAACCGGCUGGUGUGCAUGGCCUGUGGUCGGGCACUGCCCAGCCUGCACCUGGACGACAUCCGUGCCCACGUGCUGGAGGUGCACCCCGGCUCCCUGGGGCUCAGCGGCCCCCAGCGCAGUGCCCUGCUGCAGGCCUGGGGGGGCCAGCCUGAGGCGCUGUCUGAGCUCACCCAGUCCCCACCAGGCGAUGACCUCGCCCCCCAGGACCUGACCGGAAAGAGCCGGGACUCGGCCUCCGCUGCUGGAGCCCCCACCUCUCAGGAUCUCAGCCCCCCAGACGUAAAGGAAGAGGCUGGCUGGGUCCCUGAGAGGCCCGGGCCCGCAGAGGAGGAGGAGGAGCUGGAGGAGGGCGAGGGCCAGAGGGCGGGGGUCCCGGGCCGGUCGCCGCGGGGCCGCGCCCACCGCCGCCACCCCCAGGAGCGCUGGCGGCUGGAGUACCUCAUGGAGCUGGACGGCGGCCGGCGCGGCCUGGUGUGCGGGGUGUGCGGGGGCGCGCUGGCCUCGCUCAAGAUGAGCACCAUCGAGCGCCACAUCCGCCGGCGCCACCCGGGCUCCACGCGCCUCGGCGGGCCCGUCCAGGCCCUCAUCGCCCGGGAGUGGAGCGAGAAGGCCGCCCACCUGCUGGCCCUGGGGCUGCCCCGCCCCGAGUCCCCCCGGGGCCCCGCCGCCCCGGACACAGCCGCAGUCUCCGAGGAGGGGGGAGGGGACGAGGAGGAGGAGCCAGAGGAGGAGGAGGAGUGGGGCGACGUUCCGCUGUCUCCUGGGGCUCCCUUGGAACGGCCCGCCGAAGAAGAGGAGGACGAAGAGGACGGCCAGGAUCCCGGGGGACUCGCCUUGCCGCCGCCGCCUCCCCCGCCGCCGCCCCCGCCCCGCAGCCGGGAGCAGCGGCGGAACUACCAGCCGCGCUGGCGGGGCGAGUACCUGAUGGACUACGACGGCAGCCGGCGCGGCCUGGUGUGCAUGGUGUGCGGGGGCGCGCUGGCCACCCUCAAGGUGAGCACCAUCAAGCGCCACAUCCUGCAGGUGCACCCCUUCUCCAUGGACUUCACGCCCGAGGAGCGCCAGACUAUCCUGGAGGCCUACGAGGAGGCGGCGCUGCGCUGCUACGGCCACGAGGGCUUCGGGCCGCCCGCCCCGGCGCCGCGCGACGGCGGCGCGGACCUCAAGUCUGGCGCCGUGUGUCGGGCGUAGCGGCCUAGCGGGCCCACGGGUCGGGUCGGGUCGGAUCGGGCUCUCCUCGCCCUGUGCUCGCCUGGACCUCCCACUUGGCAGAUCCUCGCGCCAGGUGUUAGAGCUUCCCGCGGCCGCGCCCCCCGCUGGCCGGGCCGGGCGGAGACUGGGGAUCGGGUGGGGCCACCGGCGUUCGCGCGGUGCCGCUUGGGUCCCUGAGCCAGUCGGUACGCUGCGGGAAUGCGCACUCUCCCAUCGGCCCAGAGCCCUGCCCUCCCCGCGCAGGGCCCACGUUUUCCGAGAAUCCAAAACGGCCUCCAAGUGUUAGCGCCGAGCGCUCCCGGCCGCACCCCGCGAGGGAAUCCUCCGCAGGCCGGGACUGGGGGCGCCGUCAGUCAGUAUUGGGGCUACGCAGGCUCUGGCCCUGGCCCUGGCUGGGGGCCCAGUUCUCUGCAGCCUUGCACGCCGGCAGGCACGGCUCCCGGCUCGGGGGCUGCUGGCUGCCCUUCCCUAAUUGGGAUUCUCGGCCUCUCGGAGGCCCCGGCUGCGGACUGGGGCUUCCAGCGGGAGGCUGGGCCGCGGGGCUCGGGAGCCUUCCCGGGCUGGCAAGGCGCAUUGGACCGAGGGCGGGGCGAUGCGCCCGGGGCCCGAGCCGGACCAGCUGCGCCUACCUCCGGGGCAGGCUCAGUGGGAACCGUGCGCCUGGCGGCUCCACCCUUCUCCCGGGCCGCUGCCACGCCCUCCAGGACAUCUUGUAAAGGGAUUAGCACUUUUUUCCUUUGCUCCUCUUGCCCCGAGGGCCCUUGCUUACCCCUAAACUCAGAGUCGGGCGCCACCAGGUCCGGGGGAGCCCGGGGCACAGGCGGUCCCGGCAGUCAGCCUUCGAUUCCCGCUCCAUCCCCAUCCCCCUUUGUCCGCGGUGGAUGCGGCGCCGGUUCUCAACCCGCAGGGCCUGGGGCCGGGCCUCGGUCUCUUUUCCCCGUGGCAGCCCCAGGCCCUGUGGGGCAGGGAAGGGGCCCCGCGAUCUCCCAGGCAGGUCCGAGAGGGAUGUGUAGAUUCAUUCUCCCGUGGAGAACAGGUGGCCCCGAGAUCAGGCCCUUUUUUGCUCUUUGUAUUUUAUUUUGAAACUGUAUUUAAUGCUUUUAUAUGAAAGGGGGAGGGGCGGGGACAGAGGACCCAGUCACCCUUAUGUGCAAAUGUCUUAUUUAUUAUGCGUGUAUCAGAGAUAAGCUGUGAGAGGUGGUGGAGGGAGGACCUGAAGGAAGGAGGAGCGAGGGCAGAGGCGGGGACGGGAGGACCCCAACUAGCUGUGCUGAUGUUACUCUUGCUGGGAGACCCCGGGCCCUACUGUCUGCUCUUCACAAAGCCAGGCUGCUGCAGGGACAGUUCCCUCGGUCCUAAAGUCGGGGCGGGGAGGCUAGUGGGUGGAACUUGAGGGUUAGGUCUGGAGAAAGAGAUGCCCUGGCAGCGGGGGCCAGCCCCUGCUUCGGGGUGGGAAAGCAAAGGGCAAAGAGGAGGUCCCUCCUCUCACUCCUGACCCCCAGGCCAGAACCCAAGGUUCAAGUGCCUCAGGCCCAGUCCCCUUGACUCUUCCUGUUUGGGAGUUGGAUUUUAUACCACGGAUUUUAUAGCAUUUUUAUAUAAUUCAAGAUUGUCAGAAUUGGAAAGGGCCCUGAGAUCACUAGUACCACCCUCCUCCCCUUCACAGAUAGGUAAAUUGGAGCCCAGGAACCCAGAUGGCCAUACAGCCAGGUAGGCACAGUAGAAGAACUAGAAUGAAAAUUCUAGCUCCCGACUCAGUGUUCUUUACCCGAUACCAGGCUGCUUCCCAAUUCACUGGUUAUUAAAAUUUAUCAGGCCUGCCGAAGGAUUGACAUGCUGGGCACUGCAGGCCACCACAGUGGAUAUAUGACUCCUGAAGGUGGCAAAGCCCUGCACACUGCUUUGGGAUGAGCACGCUGAGCUCUGCAAGGCCUCAGCUGGAAGGCGCCGUGGGCUCGGCCUUCCUCUCCCCAGCAGAACUCGAGGCGGGGCGCUGCCACCGGGCCCAAGGCCUCCUCGGCAGGGGGCUUUGUUCUUUUUGUUGUGGAGGCCACCAGGGAUUCAGGAAGAUCCUGAAUGGGUUGUCAGUUGACUGAAAAGUAAAUUCCCAGUGAGUUUGAACCUCCAGGGUUUUGGGGACAGUAUUAAAAGCUUGAGAACGGAGAUUAUGGAUGGCACCAGGCUGUGCACUGCCAUUCUUUUACUUUCCUUCAUGUAUUUUUUCAGAUCCAGAGUAUUAACACCCUCAAUAUUACUCUGCCUGCUCAAAAACAGUAGGUAAAUUGGGGCAACCAAUUUAUAAUCACUCAAGCCCACUGCCAAAGUUCAGAUAAGCCAGGGCGGAGGAGUUAGAGGUUUUCCCCCCUCCACAGGCAGGGAGAGGCCUCAGGAGGAGAGUGGACAUGUUUACUGAGACAGCCCCAAACACACCAGCUCAAAGUGUGUCUCAGAGCAGCAGCAUCACCUUAGGAAUCUGCCAGAAGUAAAAAUUCUUGGGCCAUACCCUAGGGUUACUGAAUCAGAAACUUGGUUGGGGCCUAGCAGUCUGUUUUCAUGAGCCCUUCACUGAUCUUAAUGCAGCUGAAGUGCUGGGCACCCGUGAUGGGGAAGGGCUGCGGUCGUGAUUCCGGUGAUUUCUGCUUUGUUGGAAGUUACGGCCUCACAGGUUAGAGGCUGCAAGUUGAGUUGGCCUUCUUGCCUAGGUGUGCCUCCUUGCCUUGGGAUUCUGACAUGAACAGGUGAAGUCUCCAUGAUUUUUUUUUUUUGUUAAUGGUAUGCUUGCUAUUAUGGCCAAUAUGUAAAUGUUACUCUGAAUACAUAUUUAUAUACCAUGUUACUUAGUGACAUUAUUCAGACAUUUGUAUGCGUAUUUGUGAAGUUGUUUGCAUCAGUCAUUUAAAGAAUAUUUCAGCCUAAGUUUUCUAAGAGGUAUGUUGAAUACAUUUUUAAAAGCCAGCUUAAGGGUCACAGCAGCCUUAGUUUAGGAGAAGAGCUAAUCACAGGUGACCACUCAAGUUUUUUCAAUGAAGACCUGAUGAUGUAUUUAGUUCCCAUUUUCCAUGGUGAUUGACUCAAUUUAAGUGCAUUGUGGCUAUAUGUAAUUUACAGGCUGCUUUACGUUGCAGGUGGGGAAAUCUCCUAGGCUGGUGUGAGGCCGAUCUGGGAUAAAAGACCCCCUGACCCCUCCUCAUUCUAAGGUCACCACCUCUUAGAGGGUCUCUUAUUUUCUUUCGGAGAUCAAAUGCACAGUUAUGCUCUACAACUAAAUUCUGCAGUCUUGGGAAUCCUUACGAUUAUCAACUGUUAGUCACUUUUUAAAGCCCCCAAAGUGGAGUGAGGAUAGGGGGAGUGGAAGCAGUGUUUGGUUCUUACUUUACCCAAACUGUGUAUAAAGAAUAAAGUUAGCAGAAUGAUGCCACA